AUGAUGGAGAAACCGCUCUUCAUAGAGCAGCAAAUUUUGAUAGUAAAGAAACAGCCGAACUUCUUAUUUCACAUGGCAUUAAUAUUAAUGAAAAAAAAAAAUAAAAAAGGAGAAACUCCUCUUCAUUUUGCAGCAUUUAAUAAAAAUAAAAAAACAGUUGAACUUCUUAUUUCACAUGGUAUAAAUAUCAUUGAAAAAAAUAACAAUGGAGAAACCGCUCUUCAUAUUGCAAUAUGGCGUCAAAAUAUAUUAACAGCCGAACUUCUUAAAUCAUAUGGUGCAGAAAACUAA